AGGGAGAGCGAAAAUUCAGGAUGAACCGCGGCGAUCGAGGAUCUUGGGGAGCCGAGCCAAGUCGAAAUUAGGAGCAGCUCGGCUGAUCUGUGCCAGCCCCACAUCCAAUCUGUUCACGCGGAUACAGAGUACGUGGAAGAAGAAGAGAGCAGAUGAUGAGAGAGAGGCUCCAGAAAUUUCAACCCUCACAUCCCAAUAAAUCAGGGUUCCCCCAAGAGAAAAAGCCUCACAAUUGAAUCAGAGAUGACGCCCGAAAAGGGGCACCACUCAAAAAAGCAGGCAGUUUAUUUUGGCAUCGUUCACGAGAUAUAUCCUCCUCCAUGGUUUCCCUCUCCUCCCCACGCAGAAAAGACUCCUUCUCUCGCGAUGAAUUCCCCGGGAAACGCUUGCCACCGCCUUCUUUCCACUACCAUCAUCAUUUUUCCUUUUCUUUCCCCCUCUUUGUCUCUCCUCCGACAUUAAAUUACCUUCUUCUUGUUCUUGUUCUUCGUUCUUGUUUGUUUGCAAUCUUUUUAGUUUUUGUCUUUGUUCUGUACCGACAUUAUCACUAUUCUUUUGAUCGGGAUUGUGGAGAAGGGCUUCCAAGAAAAUGGCGACGCUCGAGGCUUUGCGCCAUUACUUUGACAGCCCCACGCAGGAGAAGAGCCUUCUCGAUGCCCUGACUGCUCUCAGACGGAUGAAGACGAUCAACCCCGUCGACCUCGCCAGCUUCACGGAGAUCUUCGGCGAGCUUCAUUUCAAAGAAAACAAUCCUUUGGAGGACUCCCCUCAAUCGGUCGUCCUCGAUGACGGAGCACCAUCGUCGUCGUCUUCUACGACGGCGUACUUUUCUUCUGAUGACGAUUCUUCUCAGGCGUCCAGCGUCGCGCUUGUUGAUGACGAAGCUCGUGACGUGGUGCCCAAGACUGGGGAGUCUUUCCUGAAGAACACGAAAAAUCUGCAGAUGUGUACGGAGGGGCUGGGGUCCGAGAGCGGCGGGGAUGUGGAUGAAUCGCCGCAUAGUUCGGCGGAGGGUUCGUCAGAGCCAUUGGGGAAUCAAUCGGGAAACGGGCAGAGGAUGAAGGAUAUCAAUCGGAGGAGUAAGUACGAAGGGUUUCCUCCGCCCAUUUCCAGCAUAGGAAGGAACGGGCAGCCGUGGGUCUCCUUUAGAUCUUAUAGAGAAGACGGAAGGUUUGUUCUCAGAGAAAUCAGAAUGCCCAACCAAGAGUUUCUGCAUGCUAGCCGUGAAGACGGUCGCCUGAAGCUUCGUUUCAUUCAGAGAGAUGACGACCUUGAAACAGACGCAGUGGAAGAAGAAGAAGAAACGAAUGAUGAUGGCGACGACCCGGAAAUGGGUGGUGCCCAACAAGCACAACUACAAGAGGAAGACGAUGGUGGCGGCGAUGAAGGUGAAAAGCGAGCGCCUAUGUAGAUAAAUAAAUAGAUAAAUAAGAAAAACCUUCCAUAGAUCAAGGGCUUGAAUCUCUGUCUCUACUGUUUUCCUCUUUUUUCUUUGAAAAGGUUGGACAGUGGUACGACGUACUUUCGAGAGCUGGGUCCCGCUUUUUUGUUCUUCUAGGAGUCGGGAAAAGAACUUGUACCUGAGGAUUUCUUCGCUAUUUUUAUAUUUUUAAAUGUUGAGAGCAGAACAAUAUAGAAAUUUC